UAAACCGCGUUUGGUCUUCGCAAACCCCGUCCACCAUGAGAUUCUUCUCCUUCACACCCACCCUCAGAAUCUCAAUUUUCCAUUUCCAUAUCAUGCUCCCAACCCAACCACUCUCUCAAACCCUAAAUCCACACACACCAUCAUCAUUUCUUGCUUGAAUUCAUUUUUUUCAUUCACAUGUCAUUGGACCCAUUUCAACUCACACACUAACAACAACAACAACAACAAAGCCAGUUCACAAAACACCUCAUUUUGCAUAUUCUUCUCUCCCUCGAACUCGAUCUAACCCGAAAUUGAAUCCCCAAAACGACACCACAAACCAACACAAAACGCAGAAUUGAAGCCCCUUUAUAUACUCACUCUUGAGUCUUAGAUCGGUCAAUUUUCUCGCAAUGGCCGCGGAAAUAGUAAAACAACUGCUCGCGAAACCGAUCCAAUUAGCGGACCAGGUCAGCAAAGCGGCGGAGGAAGGAAGCGCGUCGUUCAAGGUGGAGUGUUUAGAAUUGAAAUCCAAGACGGAGAAGCUCGCCGGACUUCUCCGUCAGGCGGCGCGUGCGAGCUCCGACCUCUACGAACGCCCCACACGGCGGAUCAUCGGAGAUACUGAACAGGUUCUGGAAAGAGCGCUGACUUUAGUCCUCAAGUGCAAGGCCAACGGCCUCAUGAAGCGCGUGUUCAGCAUCGUCCCCGCCGCCGCGUUCCGCAAGAUGUCGUCGCAUCUCGAGAAUUCAAUCGGCGAUGUUUCCUGGCUCCUACGUGUCUCCGCUCCCGCGGAGGAGCGCGGCGGGGAGUAUCUUGGACUUCCGCCCAUCGCCGCCAACGAGCCUAUUUUGGGACUCAUCUGGGAGCAGGUUGCGACGCUUCAUACUGGCUCCCUUGAUGAACGCUCCGACGCGGCGGCGUCGCUGGUGUCGCUGGUUCGCGAUAACGACCGCAACGCGAAUCUGAUCAUAGAGGAAGGUGGGGUUGGACCGUUGCUGAAGCUUAUCAAGGAAGGGAAGAAGGAAGGUCAGGAGAAUGCUGCUAAAGCAAUUGGGCUUCUCGGCCGGGACGCGGAGAGCGUGGAGCACAUGGUUCAUGCUGGUGUUUGCUCGGUUUUCGGGAAGAUUCUCAAGGAGGGACCGUUGAAGGUGCAAGCUGAGGUUGCCUGGGCUGUUUCUGAGCUUGCUACUAAGUACCCCAAAUGCCAAGAUCUCUUUGCUCAGCAUCACAUUGUUCGAUUGCUUGUGAGCCAUCUCGCGUUUGAAACGGUUCAGGAGCAUAGUAAGUACUCCAUUGUUACGAAAUCGAUCCACGCGGUUGUGAUCGCGAGUAGCAAUAACAACAACGGUUCUAACAAUGAGGUGAAGAAGGAGAAGAAGGAAGAAGAGGAUGAGGAUGAGAAGGAGGUGAAGAGUCGGAUACAGCAUCCCUUGGCUGAUAAGUCCCAAAAUCAGAUGCUUAAAGUGGUCACAAGUACAAUGGCAAUGCAUGCUAGUUCCAACAAGAACUCCAACCAAGGCAAUGAGACGACUCAAACGAGUCAAAACUCGUCACAAACACCGGCUAAGCAUAGCUAUUCCUAUUCUGGGAUUAACAUGAAGGGAAGGGAGCUUGAAGACCCUGAGGUUAAGGCUAAGAUGAAAGCAAUGGCAGCAAGGGCCUUGUGGUGUUUAGCCAAGGGUAACUCUUCCAUUUGUCGCAGCAUAACGGAAUCGAGGGCUUUGUUGUGCUUUGCCAUUCUCCUUGAGAAAGGGUCUAGAGAUGUCAAGUACAAUUCAGCCAUGGCAGUGAUGGAGAUCACUGAAGUGGCUGAGAAAGAUCCUGAGUUGAGAAGAUCAGCAUUCAAGCCCAACUCUCCUGCUUGCAAAGCAGUUGUUGAUCAAGUGCUCAAGAUCAUCGACGAAGAAGACACGGACCUCCUAAUCCCCUGCCUAAAAGCUAUUGGGAGUUUAGCAAGGACAUUCAGAGCUACAGAGACGAGGAUCAUCGGUCCCUUGGUUCGGCUUCUGGAUGAAAGAGAGGCAGAGGUGACAAGAGAGGCUACAAUCUCCCUCAUGAAAUUCGCCUGCACCGAGAACUACCUCCACAUUGAUCACUCCAAGGCGAUUAUAACUGCAGGUGGUGCAAAACACCUGGUCCAGCUGGUGUAUCUUGGAGAGCACACAGUUCAAGUUCCAGCAUUGUUUCUUCUCUCGUACAUUGCUCUGCAUGUUGCUGACAGUGAGGAGCUUGCUCGGGCUGAGGUGCUCGCAGUGCUUGAAUGGGCAUCCAAGAGACCUAACAUGACCCAAGAUGAAACGCUUGAGGCAUUGUUGCAUGAGUCCAAGAGUAGGUUGGAGCUUUACCAGUCUAGAGGUUCGAGAAUGUUCCAAAAAUGAUAUCAAUAGGGAGAGAAGAGUAGAUUGAUUCACUCCAUGUUGUCCUUGUGAGGUUUUUCAUUCAAUGAUUCGGAUCUAAGUCUAUAUUUUUCUUGACUGUAUAUACAAUCAAAUGCCCUCUUCAAUUGUUUAGAUGCUUAUUCAACUAUAAAGAUUAUUGUUUGUCUAAUCUAUAUGUUUUAACUUUAA